GCAUUACAAUUACCAGUUAUAUGCUGGUGAAGUCAGCGAAUUGGCUGAGGAAAUAAAAUCUGCACGGGCUAACAUUACGUAUCACCUCGUGAGUGCAACAUACUGGACGGUAAGCUUGCGGAGGUGUGGGGGCGGUGCACGAGCUGAACGGGACUCCCCCUUUCUCUGCACCCACGCCAGGGCAACCAGACGGAUGCCCCCUGGCAAGGCGAGGAAGCCGCUUCGAUCCCAGAUUCAACGGUUGCGACCAGCCCACGCAUCUUUCGAUUCUCACGCUCCCUUUAUACAUAUCUUUCGCUCUUUCAGAGAUCUUCUAUCGCCCACAUUGUCAAUUGCUGCCGGAACUGACGGCGACAGCCAGCCGCCGGCCCUGCUGCGUGUGUGGUCGCGAGCCCGCCAUCCUCCUCCAUACUUUCCGUGCCGAUCUUCAAGCAGCAGACCACAAUGAGGCUUCGAAAUCGCAAGUCGCCGCUCCUGUUUCUACUCCUCCCUUCACUUGCGAUCGCUGCCGCGCUCGCCGACAAGCAGUUGGACCGGGAUUCGGCCUCGAUCGCGGAUCGCGUGCCGCCCGCGAGGCGAUACGGUACCAAAGAUGCGCCUGUCGAUGGGAAAGACGGGAAGCCGCACGACGGCCCGUUCGUCGAGAUCGAUGCGGAUGCCGAGUCCGCAAAGAACCUACCGCCUCUGAAAGACCGUCCCGCCGACCCGCUGGUGGUGGACGGGAAGAGGAUACCCGAGAGUCACGACGGGGUGAUGGACGACAAGAACCGGCCAGGACCCAAGAAGGGCACUACGGGGACCGAGGGAGGGGUGAGCGAGAAGGAAAAGGACCGUAAAUUGAAGGAGAAGCAGACCGGUGAGAAGGCCGAGAACAAGCCACCGACACCAAAAGAAGCGCCUCCGCUGCCGCAUUCGGAGCAAGAGAGAAUUCAGGCCGGCGACAGCGAGGGUCAAUACGAGGACAAGACGGCAAGCGGCGCCUCCGGGCUUGAGAAACCAGCCGACCUGCCGGACAAGACCCACGGCACGUCCCCCCCAGUUCCGGAGUCCGUCGCGAAGAUCGACCAUUUGGACGUCUCGAACGGCGAAAAGCCGCUCAAGAGCGAGGAGAGUGCGGAGGAAGGCAACGAAGGCCUCAUCCAGCCGUUCCACUCGUUCAUACUGUCUUUUACCAUGAUCAUCUUCUCGGAGAUUGGCGACAAGACCUUCCUGGUGGCCGCGCUCAUGGCGAUGAAGCACGACCGCGUGGUGGUGUUCACAGCCGCCUUCGGCGCCUUGAUUACCAUGACGGUGCUCUCGGCCGUCUUGGGGCACGCCGUGCCCACGUUGAUUCCGAAGCGGGUGACGACCUUUCUUGCCGCCUUGCUGUUCUUGGUGUUUGGGGCUCGCCUGCUUCGUGAGGGACUCGCCAUGAGCCCGGAUGAGGGCGUGUCGGCCGAGAUGCAGGAGGUGGAGAUGGAAUUAGAAGAGAAGGAGAGCCUUGCCAGGAGAGAAGGCCGGGCCGGAUCGGGCGUCUCGCCGUAUGCUUUGGAAAUGGGCCUCGGCAGCCGCAAGAGCCGGUCCAAAUCUCGCUUCCCGGCACCGGCUCGGAGCCCGUCGAGCUCUCCCGAAGGGCGGAGCCCGUCGCCGCGACCGGGAGCUCUUAUGGGAUUCGUCUCCGGGCUGAACAACCUUCUCUCGCUGCUUCUCAGCCCGGCCUGGGUCCAGACUUUUGCCAUGACCUUCCUGGGAGAGUGGGGCGACCGCAGCCAAAUCGCAACCAUUGCGAUGGCGGCGGGCCAGGACUACUGGUGGGUUACGCUGGGCGCCGUCCUGGGCCAUGCCUGCUGUACGGGCGUCGCCGUUAUUGGAGGCAGGGCCAUUGCGGGCAAAGUGAGCCUCAAAGUCGUCACUGUCGGUGGCGCCGUUGCGUUCCUCUUCUUCGGCUUUAUCUACUUGUUUGAGGCGUUCUACUCAUAGACGGAUCUCUUGUCGGACCAUGACGACGCCGGGCUGUGCCGGCUGCUCCAUCUACGGCCAUUCCAUUCGGUACCUACCUUUUCCAUAUCCUGUAUGUUGUAAUUCGGUGCUCGCACGCAGCAUGAGAAACUUCCCUUUCUCCCA